AUGCCACGUAUAUCGGACGAGGGGGACGAAGACCUCCUCCUCAGCACAUACUCGGAACACGAAGGUGUCCUCCCGACAGACGACGACGAGGACGCCCUUCUGUCCCCCGCCGGCUCCCGCGCCUUCACCUGGUCGCCGCCGCCGAAAUGGAGACGCCGGCUCUCGGUGCCCGGAUGGGAGGUCGGCGGCCGCCCCGUCCACGCCGUCGUCGCCUCGGGCCUCCGCGCGUGCUUCGCGCGCCUCGAUGGCCUGCUGGCGCCGUUUCGGGUCCGGUCGCCGCGCGCCAUCAUCCUGAUGCUCGCGCUGCUCAAGUUCGCCCUCACGUGCAAGGGCAUGCUGCUCAUGAUGCCGCUGAUGCGCCUCGUCGAGGACGACAUCUGCCACAAGCACUACGGCCGGGACCCGUCCGAGCUGAUCCCCGAGAUGGAGUGCAAGGUCGAUGAGGUGCAGAAGGACCUCGCGUGGCUAGGGGGAUGGCAGUCGCUCAUCGGGGCCGUCGUCAACAUGCUCGUAGCGUUCCCUUAUGGUGUCUUGUCGGAUAGAAUCGGACGUAAGGCAGGCAUGCUGCUCGCCUACGUCGGCACCGUCUUCGCCUUCAGCUGGUCUCCCUUCAUCCUCGCCCGCUUCCCAGGGCUCAACAUCUACGUCCUCUUCCUCGGCUCAACAUUCUUCCUCAUCGGCGGCGGCAUCGUCGUCGUUUUCAACAACAUCUACGCCAUGGCCGCCGACGUCAGCACCGAGAAGGACCGCGCCUCCAACUUCGUCUUCCUCUCGGUCGGCGCCGUCGCCGGCGGCCUCCUCGGCCCCGUGACGUCCGGGUUCCUGAUGGAGCGCCACGGGCCCUGGGUGCCGAUCCGUCUCGUCUUCGUCUUCACGCCGUCCGUUUUUCUCAUCAUGCUGCUGCUGCCCGAGACGCUCCGCGGCGGCAAGGCGUCGUCGUCAUUGUCGCCGCCGCCAUCGCCGGACGGCCCGAACAAGCAGCAGCAGCAGCAGCAGGUCUCGUUCAGCGACGCGGUGAGGGAGGGGUUGGCCCACGGGCUGAGCGAGCUGCGGGAGUCGAUCUCGAUCCUUCGGAACCGCAACAUCCUGCUCUGCCUGGUGCCGCCGCUCAUCAGCAGCCCGCUCGCCGCCGCGCAGAUGCACACGCUGCCGCAGUACAUCAGCAAGAACUUUGGCUGGACGCUGGCGCAGACGAGCUUCCUGCUGUCGCCGCUCGGGCUCGGUCACCUCGGCAUCCUGCUCGUGCUGCCGUGGAUCUCCACGGUGAUCGUCAACCCGGCGGGCCGCUUCCGCCGCACCGGCUUCGGCAAGGACGCGCUGCUCGCGAAAGCGUCGUACGUGAUGAUCGCCGGUGGCGCUCUGAUCGAGGCACUCAGCCGCGACAUCGUCGUCUUCCUGGUCGGGCUCGUGGUCGGCACGUUGGGAUCCGCCAGCGGGCCUCUCACGCGUGCGAUGAUCACGGAGUUCGUCUCGACAGAGCACACGUCGCGGCUGUAUGCGCUGACCAGCAUGGUUGACACGCUUGGGUCACCGCUCGGUGGCCCGGUGCUCGCGUGGGCGUUCUCAGUCGGAUUGGAGAAGAAGGGGGGCUGGAAAGGGCUGCCCUGGUUCUACGUCUCGUUCUUGGCCACGUUGGCGCUGGCAGCGUUGGCGCUCGUGAGGGAGCCGAGGGAGAAGGGACCGGUUCACUUGGAGAGCGGGAACGGCAUGGAGGGGCUGGAUUAUGAGUCUGGCACAGAAGACGAUGACCUGUAA